GUAUACAAGAUUUGCAAGAUCAGACUCUCCCGAUCUCAAAGCAAGUGGCACUGGCCUUUGUUUUACAUCUGCCAGUUGUGAUUGAGAAUAGUCUAGAACAAGGGACCGACGAACUGAUGGAAUUUGUGCUAAUGGUACACCAGAUUAUAAAAUACGCUUCUCAAUGGAAUUGGGUCAUUUUAUUUAUAGAGAAUGGAGUACUUCUGCGAGCUCCAAAGAAAAUAUGA